AUGUCUAUGUAUAACGAAGCAACCCAAGCGAGCUUUAGAAGAUGAUCCUCGACAAAAGAAAGAAACUCUAACCGAGCAUCUAAUGAUUCGUCAGAGCUAAUAUACCAGCCCAUGCUUCUAUUCAAAACAAUGAGUACUAUAAAUAAUAAAGCAAUCAGUGAAGUUUCUGGGCUGAAAUGAGUUUCUCCAGACACAAAUUUUCAUGAUAGUUUUUUUAAAAACCUAAUAUAUUGCGAAAAAACUAAAGUAGAAGUUUUAAUCGCUGUAUCAAUGUACAAUGAAAACCUUAAAAGCUUCAAAGACACUAUUAAUGGGAUUUCUGAAAAUCUAGAUUAUUUUCGGCAAGUUGGAAUUCCUCCAGAAAAAAUUUGUGUCGUUGUUAUAGUAGAUGGAAUGAAAGCCUUUUUAGAAACUUAUAGUAAACAAAAAAGCUUUUUCCAGGAAUUUUUCAAUGAAGAAGAAAUUAAACAUUUUUUUAAGGUUGAAAAUUUAUUAGACUGCAAAAUACCUAAUCAAGCUGAUUAGAUUAGAUUAAAAUUAAAAUAGGUCUUUAGGGUUUAUUUCAGCCUUUUCCGCCUUCACUGACUUCAGGUUUCUCGUCCUAAGCAUCAGGCUACACUUACGCCUUUUACUAUCGACAUCACCAGAAAAUGCUGAAGUCAGCAUCUCUCAAGGACGAACCCAGGCACUUCCUUGGACAAUUCCUAGAGGUCAGCACUAUCUACCCGGAGAUGGGAGGUAGGAGAUGACCCAAUAUUUUCAUUCUGAUUUCUAUUAUCAUUCACACCACGAAGUGUGGAGCUGUCAUGCGGCUCUGGUCUACUUGUCUCUAAGUCGGGAAAAAUCCCUGUAGUGGUGUCCCACCAGGGAUAAAAAAAACCCUUGCCCGGAUACAAUUUUUAAGUCCCGUCCCUCUUAAAUCAAAAAAGCUCCUAGUAUAUAGAAGAAGGACAGGCAAGAUAAGUCUCCUUUUUAUUUGUGUCAAACUAAGCUGAAGAUGAUGAAUUUGCUCACUGCUUUAUGAAAAGCGAACCAUUUGGAGAUAGCCCGCAUAAUCUGCAAUUGAUUUUUUGCGUAAAGCAAGAAAAUAAAAGAAAGUUAAAUACUCAUCUGUGGUUCUUUGGAGGGUUUUGCGAGAUGUUCCAACCCAAGUAUGUGGUUUUGCUUGAUGUAGGGACUAAACCUCUGAGGAAAUCACUGCUUUAUUUAUAUGAAGCAAUGGAAACUGAUCCGAGAAUUGCUGGCUGCUGUGGAGAAAUUACAGUAAUGGAGCCUGAUUUUUGAAAUUUAGUGGAGAUGGCCCAAUUAGUAGAAUAUAAGCUAAUUCACAUCUUUGAUAAGGCUUUUGAAAGUGUUAUAGGUUAUAUCACAGUAUUGCCUGGAGCUUUUAGUGCUUACAGAUGGGAAGCUUUGCAAGGAGAUCCUCUUUGGGAACAUUAUUUUAAAUCUCUUUUCCACCCCGAAGAUAUGGAUCCUUUCCAUUCAAAUAUUUAUCUUGCUGAAGACCGAGUCCUUUGUCUUGCACUUGUAAGUAAAAAGGACUGUAACUAUCUUCUACGAUAUGUAAAAAAUUCGGUUGCGGAAACAGAUGUCCCUGAUGGGCUUUCUUCAUUAAUGGUGCAAAGGCGUAGAUGAAUCAACGGUUCUUGGUUUGCAUUGAUAGAUUCUAUUAGGAGAGCAAACACUAUUUAUGAAUCAAAACACAGCUGCUGCAGAAAACUGCUCUUUUCAUUUCAAAUGAUUUACUAUUUAGGAAUUGUCAUUUUUUCGUGGUUUAUGGUUGGAACAUUUUUUUUAUCCUUUGCAAUCGCAGUAAGGCAUUUUUUUAAUAAUUAUCCAAAUUUUAUUUGGCUUGGAGACUGACUUAUUGUUGCUUAUGUCACUAUUAUUAUAUAUACAUAAAAAUGGCGCUAACAGACUGGACAGCCCAUUGACAUAUUUCUUCAAGGCCAAUAGGCAACGGCCCGUGAAGGAAAAAGGUCAAAAAGAGGCCGGAAAACCUUUAUGCAUACUGACUGAUUUGGUUUUGUCAGGGAUUUAGGGUUUUACUUCCAGAGCCACCAUUGAAAAGGAUAGAACCAGCAAAAGCCCUCAACUGAUGAUAAUUUGCUCGAGCAGAGGCUCAAGAGACGACAUCUGCCUAACAAGAAAGGGGAAGUCUCGACCCAGGCGGCGGCCCUUAGGUUCCAGGACUUACGGAAGUCAAGAUGGUUGUGUGAACCCCUUGUCUGUGGUGUCAAGGAGGGUAUUGCUGGAUCCUAUCCCUAUUGAAUGAACAGCAUUUAGGGUGGAAAUCCCUGGCUCUGUCAAAUGCUAAGGCUAAUCUUAAUCUUAUCUUAAUAUCACUAUUAUAAUCAUAGUUUUUACUAUGUCUCUUGGAGUAAAACCUGGAAAAGCUGAACAUUCUUUCAAAGUUAUUUCAUAUUGCUAUAGCUUAUUCAUGGUUUAUACAGUAGCAAUGGUCGGAAUUUACAUUUUCAUUAAACUCCAAGAUUUUGAUUGAGUCCUUCCAGUACUUCUCAGCGGUGUGAGUAUGUUUAUUGUUAUUUUUAUGCUCAACUGUGCGCUUUUAACAAUUCUGAAAGGAAUCGUUCAUUUCGUUUUAAUGAUUCCUACCUAUGUAAAUAUGCUGCUUGUUUAUGCAAUUUGCAACAUCCACGACUGUACCUGGGGAAGCAGGCCAGACCAAAUGACUGCUGAAGAAACGAAAAAGCUUGAAGAAUUUGAAGAAUUCCGCACGAAAUGGGCUGUCAUUUGGGUAUUAUGCAAUGCAGCAUUUGCAUAUUACUUGAAUAUUAUAGAUAAAACUUCAUCAGAUGGCUCAUCAUCUAGAUGGUUUAUCUAUGCAGUUGGAUAUAUCGGAUAUAUCAUUAUGCUGCUAUAUAUAAUAAAAUAUGGCGUCUUCGUCUGGGCAUGGCCUCCCGGCCAUGCAUACUCGACUUAUAUUUUAUUUAUAUCCGGUAAGGUUUUACUACUUCAGAAAUGGACAGCAAUGCUAGGUAAGCAAUUCUGGUUGUGUUCAGAGCCUAGCCCAAGUCUAAAUUCAGAGGUGGUUUUUUCCUCGUGGGGAAGAUGAGCACGGAGGUUGGAAAGGGGAAGCCCAGCAGAGUCCUCUGGACCAAUCGGGCAACUCCCUAGCGUGAAGCUGGGCGUUACGUCCCAGGCUUUCGAGUUCUACCUUCUACCUACAGUCGACCAGAAAAAUCCAUUUUUUAUGGAUUUUCGGAAAGACAACCCACGUUGUGCGAAUUCCUUGUUUGAGGCAACAAGGAGGGUGUCCGCUGAGGCCUCACCAUAGGCGAAGAGCGUGAAGGGGUGCAAAUCCCGGCCCUGCAAGUGCGAACGGCUAAUCUUAAUCUUAAUCAUUAUGCUGCUAAGAUUUCUGGGAGCAACAAUUUAUUUGAUUCAAGAGUUCUGUUGCAAGAAAAGACUGAAGACCCUACCUAGUGUAGUACCUGCAAUUUCAAGAAGGGAAACUAAUAGACUCGAACGAAUUAGCAAAAGGAGUGAGGAUCGGAGAAGGUCUGAUAUGGAAAUUGAAACGAAUAUUUUGAAUAAGAGUGCAGAAAACAGUCACGACUUAGAAAAAUAUCCAUUAUCUGAUAUCGCAGGUAAAGACAGCUCUAUAUCUGUCGCUGACCAUGAAAAGAAAAAUAAUAAUUUGUCGGACACCAUAGAUGUUUCCAAAGACAAUAUUGAGGUUAAAGAAUCAGAUAUUGCCCAGAGCUCUAAACAGCGUAAAAAAACCUUUUUAGGUUAUUUAUUGCAAACCAGGAAGUCGUAA